GUUGGCUGAAUCCUUACUGCAGAUUUCUCCACUUUGACAACUUCACUGUACAAAGAUGGCUUCUACUGGUCUCCAGAUCCUUGGCAUGGCUCUUGCCCUCAUUGGCUGGGUGGGAAGUAUAAUCACCUGUGCCCUGCCCAUGUGGAGGGUGACUGCCUUCAUUGGGAACAACAUAGUCGUGGCCCAGAUUAUAUGGGAAGGCCUGUGGAUGAAUUGCAUUGUGCAGAGUACCGGACAGAUGCAGUGCAAGGUCUAUGACUCCAUGUUGGCUCUCUCCCAGGACUUGCAGGCUGCCCGUGCCCUUACUGUCAUCUGUAUCCUGGUAGCCCUGCUAGCCAUUCUUAUUGGUAUUGUGGGAGCCAAGUGCACCAACUGCAUAGAAGAUGAGAACACCAAGGCCAAGGUCAGCAUGAUAUCCGGCAUUGUAUUUGUGGUGUCUGGUAUCCUCAUGCUCAUCCCAGUCUGCUGGUCUGCAAACAGCAUCAUCCGUGACUUCUACAAUCCCCUGGUGGUGGAGGCUCAGAAGAGAGAACUGGGGGCUGCCUUGUACAUUGGAUGGGCUGCCUCUGGUCUGCUGCUCAUGGGUGGAGCCCUCUUGUGCUGCUCUUGCCCCAAGAAGGAUGACAACCAUUACUCAGCCAGAUACACCGCUGCUACCUCCAACCCACGAAGCGACUACCCCAGCAAGAAUUAUGUCUGAGAACAAGAGCUACCUGGCUAUGCAUGGACUUUCUUUUCUAAUAAUGUGUCGGGGGUUCUCCAGCAAGAGCACUUGAACUGAAGGGGGGUGUCGGCUUCUGGAGACUGUUAUGGGACUCUUAGCCUGGUUCAGGCUUUUAUGGAAAUUAAUGGUUUAAUAAAACAUUGGUUUUUUUUU